AUGGCUGCCGAUAUUCCUAUCAUCGACGCACACAUUCACCUCUAUCCCGAAUCAGAGCUCUCAACUUUAGCAUGGCCUACACCUGAGCAUCCGCUGAAUAAACAGCACUCGCUAGAAGAAUACAGAGCUGCUACCGAAGGCUCUACACCCCAGGGCUUCAUCUUCCUAGAGACGGAUCGGAAGAAUGACCUAGAAGCUGGGGAGAAAGGCUGGGAGUACCCACUCCAAGAGGUCUCCUGGCUGAAACGCAUCAUUACCGGCCAACCAAAGCCGGGCGAGGGCCAUACUGCGGAAGAUGCCUCGCUAUGUACCGCCUACAUCCCCUGGGCACCAUUACCCAGCGGCGUUGCUGCCAUGGAGAAGUAUCUCGACCUAGUGAAGCAGGAAGCUGGCGAGAGCUGGCCCAAGGUCAGGGGCUUCAGAUACCUGCUACAAGACAAGCCCAACGGGACCAUGCUUCAAGAUAACUUCAUCGAAAGCUUGAAGUUGCUCGGCCGCCGAGGCUUCGUGUUCGAUCUAGGUGUCGACCAGCAUAACCGCGGCAGGGCCCAACUUGAGGAAGUCGUCGAGAUGAUCGAUCGCGCACACGAUGGCGUUCCCGAGGACCAGAGAGUCACGUUUAUAAUCAACCACCUCUGCAAGCCCGACCUCGGCAUCUACAACGUGCAAACCAGCCCGUCCUUCAUCGCCUGGCGCACCGCCAUCUUCACCCUGAGCAAGUGCAGCCGGACUUACAUGAAGCUAUCAGGCGGCUUUGCCGAGAUGCCCGAAGCCCUGCGCCAGCGCUCCCCCGAAGACAUCUUCGACGCGAUCAGCCCCUGGCUAAGCGUUGUGCUCGCUGCCUUCAGCGCCUCCCGCAUCAUGUUCGCGAGCGAUUGGCCCGUGUGCACGGUUGGUGUAGGUGACGACGCUUGGCAAAAGUGGAAGAAGAUUGUCGAUCGCCUGUGCUGGAUGGCCUCGUUUGAAGACGACGAGAAGCGCAUGAUUUGGGGCGGCACGGCGCUCAAGGCGUAUGGUAUUGAAGCAUGA